UUAAAGACACCCCCUCCCCAUCAAAUAACCCCUACCAUCAAGCUUUAGCAGCGGACAACCUACCCCUAACAACCCCCUCGAAGCCGAUAGAGGGGACGGAGGCAUAUAUUCACGGAAAAAACGCCAUUGUUUGCCCUCAUUCUGGGCCUAAUGCUGUAGCGAACAUCGGCGGAGGGAGCGCGAAGGAGUCAACGCAGUGAUUGAGAGUCGGCGAGGGACAGGGCGGACCAGGGAGGAUAUUGCUCAUUCGCCUUGAAACAUGGGAUGUACACUGAGCGCCGAGGAGCGCGCUGCUCUGGAUAGGAGCAAAGCCAUCGAAAAAAAUCUCAAAGAAGAUGGACUGGUCGCUGCUAAGGAUGUGAAAUUGCUACUACUCGGCGGUGGAGAAUCCGGCAAAAGUACCAUUGUCAAACAGAUGAAGAUUAUCCAUGAAGAUGGCUUUUCAGGGGAUGAUGUGAAGCAGUAUAAGCCAGUGGUCUACAGCAACACCAUUCAGAGCUUGGCCGCCAUCCUUCGAGCCAUGGACUCAUUGGGCAUUGAGUUUGGUGACAAAGACAGAAAAGCUGAUGCAAAGUUGGUGUGUGAUGUAGUCAGUCGUAUGGAGGACACAGAACCGUACUCAGCAGAGCUGCUGACUGCCAUGAAGCGUGUAUGGGCAGAUGCUGGAACACAAGAGUGCUUUAAUCGUGCUCGUGAAUACCAGCUCAAUGAUUCAGCCAAAUAUUAUCUGGAUAGUUUAGACCGAAUUGGAGCAGCAGACUAUCAGCCCACAGAGCAAGACAUCCUGAGAACCAGGGUGAAGACCACUGGUAUUGUGGAAACCCACUUCACCUUCAAAAACCUCCAUUUCAGGCUGUUUGAUGUGGGAGGUCAAAGGUCAGAAAGAAAGAAGUGGAUCCACUGCUUUGAAGAUGUGACAGCCAUUAUCUUCUGUGUGGCUUUGAGUGGCUAUGACCAGGUGCUUCAUGAAGAUGAGACAACAAAUCGCAUGCAUGAAUCGCUUAUGCUCUUCGACUCUAUCUGCAACAAUAAGUUCUUCAUCGACACCUCCAUCAUCCUCUUCCUUAACAAAAAAGAUCUGUUUGCUGAGAAGAUUAAGAAAUCCCCUCUCACUAUCUGCUUUCCAGAAUACACAGGUGCUAAUACUGAUGAUGCUACAGCAUAUAUACAGGUUCAGUUUGAGAGUAAAAACCGGUCUCCCAACAAGGAGAUCUAUUGCCACCUGACCUGUGCCACAGAUACAGGGAACAUCCAGGUAGUGUUUGAUGCCGUCACUGACAUCAUUAUUGCAAAUAACCUUAGAGGAUGUGGCUUGUAUUGAGGCCUGAACAAGCACAGAGGCUGUCAUGGAGAGUAUGAGGAGUUAAUAACACACAUGAAUAUAUAAGUCUACACGUCCAAAUGGGCCCAAAGAGCUGCCGUCAGACACCGCCCUGGAUAACUGCUAUUAUUUUUCUCCUUUCUGUUGUCUUCAUUACAAUGAAAAAUGUUUUAGCUGAAUGUUUUUGUUAUCCGUUAUGUUUGUGUUAAUGACUGUCAACAUCUGUUCAGGUAGAAACUGCAGCACCAGGGUUAUAUCCAUUCUUAUUAGAAAAAUAUAAUGCAAUUAUUGGAGUGUGCAAUGUCUUGUACAAGAAGGUAAUUUGGGUUUAGAUCCUGGUGCUGUGUUUGAACAUAGAGGCUUUAUCAAAACAGAGGCUGCAUUCCGGGUGACGAUUGGGAAAGAAAAACUUUGACAUGGCACAAAAUUACUCUUCCUUCAAACCCACACAACUGGUUAGUCUGCAGGCCCAUAUCACUUUUUCUCUUAUAUUAAAAAAAAAAAAAAAAGAAAAACUAUGAAAAAGAAUAUUCUUCUGUUCAAAAGUUGUAUCUGACCAUUGACCUCCUGUAGCAUGAGGUAAAUGUCAGCCACUAUCUUAAAGAUAUAUAAUGGUGCCGGCCAUCUGAGAACAGAUUGGGAACAUAAACCAUACCCAACUGAAAUUCAUAUGAUCAUCAUGUUAUAUUUUAACAUUUUUACUUUAUUGUAUUGAAUUAUUUAUUUAUGCCUCAUGCCCUACAUGCCUCCUCUUACCUCCUAAAAUCUUGUGCCACUUAUUUAUUUCAUGUCAUAAAAAUCUAGGGUAUACCUGUAACUAUAUAUAAUUCAAAGGGUUCAAAGCACCCCCCUCUUUGGCAUUUUGUUCUCUUUGUGGUGCUUUACACUUAUCCCUAUGUAAGUCUGUUUAGAAAUAGAUGACUGCACCAGGAGAACAAUAUUAUUUGAGGCAGCCUCUGUCAGGGGACUUGCCCCUCAUGAGUAAACAGGGACCUACCCAUGUGUAACAUUUCUCUGGCUGCAGAGAAAGGUACAGCUCUCCAUUUUCAUCUGUGCACCCAGCUGUUCAUCUUUGAUCCUUUUUCAUAUUCUCUUCCCUUUUACAUCUUGGUCUACAUUCUUCCUCACCACCUUAAAAGCACCAAACUGUAUAUACGAUAUUACUAUUAUGAUUACUAUACCAGAUUUUUUUUUUUUACUGUGAAUGUUUUUUGUGUGCUGCAUCCCAUCCUUUUCAGUAGUUUAUUGGUUGCUCUCAUGUGGAAUGUUUGUGCUGAGCCAAUCGAAUGUUGUGUUUACAUUAAAGCCACACUUUUCCUUAUUACAUCUGUGCUCCUGAUUUCAAAUUACAUUGUGGGCUUUCUAUUAGACUGCAAGUCUUUCCAUGUCCAGUGUUGUCUGAAGAACUUGUAAGUGGGUGAACAGAAAUACAGAAGGGUUAAACAGAGAAACUA